UUUAAUAUUUUAGAUAAACUAUGGAAUUUAACAUAUUAGAUCAAUUUGACAUUAAUUUGUUUGAAGCUUCAUCUGAUUCCUCCUCUGAUGAAGAAGAUGAUAUUCAUAUAAUACGUGAAAAACGAUAUGUGCGAGAUGCAAUUGAUCCGUUUACUGCUUAUCGUGAACAUGAAUUUCACAUAAGAUAUAGAUUUUCAAAAGAGUGUGUUAUGUAUGGAUUAUUACCUCUGAUCAGAGAUGGUUUAACAAAGCCUGAUAUGCGAGGUCUUCCUAUUGAACCAGUUAUUCAAUUGCUUAUUUGUUUAAGAUUUUAUGCUACCAGCAGUUUUCAAAAAGUGAAUGGCGAUCUCAUGAAAUUACCGCAACCAACAAUUAGCAGAAUUAUAUUUCGAGUAACUGCUAUAUUAGCAUCUUAUCUAAAUACUUAUGUCAAAUUUAUAACAAACCCAGCAGCUAUACAAGAAAAUCGAAGACUGUUUAAAGAAUUAGGAUAUGGACAUGGAGCUAUUGGACUUCCUUGUAUUGACGCAGCAAUAGAUUGCACUCAUAUAAGAUUAUUACAUAAUAACUUUGGAGGAGUAGGCGAGAUCUAUAGAAAUAGGAAGGGAUAUUUUUCCUUAAAUGUCCAGUCUCGAGUUUUUAUACGGUAUCAACAACGUGAAUUGACAGGAAUGAUGGUUGGAGAUUCUGGGUAUCCUGCUCUCACAUUUCUUUUAACGCCAUUUAGAAAUCUACAAAACGAGGAAGAACAGAGAUAUAAUGAAAUUCAAUCAAGAACACGAAUGGUCGUUGAAAGAACAUUUGGAGUAUGGAAGAGACGGUUUCCUUGUUUAUCAAGAGGAUUAUCUUUAAAACUUGUAACCUGUAUUGGAGUCGUAUCAGCUUGUGCAGUUUUACAUAAUUUAUCAUUAUAUUAUAAAGAUGUUCUUCCAGAGGAACCAGAGCCUAAUGCAAUAAUUGAAAAUAAUGAGGAACUCUAUUACAAUGAACCUCAUUGGCAGCCUGGAGAUGGUUAUAUUAUUAGGCAAAACGUAGUUCGAGAAUUAUUUCACUGAUUCUAUUAUAAUGAUUUAAAGUUUUAAAAUAAUAAAUAUAUGUAAACAAGCAAUUGAAUAUAACUGGUUUAUCA